AUGUUCUAUUCGACCGUAGUGUUGGCGUUGCUGUGUGCGGUUGGGCUUAGCGUAGCCUACCCAUAUCCUUACCCACAGAAUGCGUUCAUGUACUACCGAAAUGCGUUCCCCAUGAUUGCUUACCCUCAACUGCAGCAGAGCGCCAUGUAUCAACACGCGAUGUUCCAGAACCAGCGGCUGCGGAACUAUCAUCGCCGGUCAUCAGCGAGCGGCGUGUCCGCAUUCGCCUCGGGAGACAACAUCGCCACCGGCACACAGAUACUCAAGGCCGACUGCCGACCCGCAGAUCCUGCCGUGGUUGCAUACCCAUCGGUGCAAUCGUUUGCUGAUGCUUACCCAGCUGAGGCACUGCCAGAAAACGAAAUUCCACUCACCGACGACGGCGGACAGUUGGACCAGGAAUCGAACAGUGGAAGUGAGCUGGAUUUCCCGCUUGAUAAUGAGGAACCGCUGGAGGAUGUACCGACUACAGUGCCGCUCGUACCGUCCAUUGUGACGGACAAGCGCAAGAAAAAGGUUACCGUUCAGUUGGAUUCGGCAUCCGCGGAGGAUGAUCAGGAGGACGAGGAGGUAAGCUUCGGUACGCGCCGUGGCGAUGGGAGUCGUCCCAGUGGUGGAUCCGCCGGUCCCAUGUUCCCGGUAACGUUUGGAAGCACCAACGGUGGUGCCAUCGCAAUCGCUAACAGUUACAGCACGGGUAAGGGUGGAUCGGCCACCAGUCACGCUACAGCCUAUGGCAGCCCUGCAUCGGUACCUGAGGAACGUCGGCGAGCUGUUGUCUUACAACAGCAGCAACAGCAGCAACGGAACAACCGCCCAGCCAAGCUGCGGACGAAAUAUUAA